UGAUUAGUAUUGGCGUUGAAUGUGUGUUGUCAUUGUUUAACAUCAUUCUGCAGCGUUACGGUUGUGGUCCGUCCGAGCAAGCAAGGGUGUUGUAAGCCAAAGCGAAAGAAUAACCCUUUGCAUCUCAAUUCCCAAUUUCCCAAUUCAAAAUCAAAAUCAAAAUCAAACAUGUCGGAGAUUGCCAGCACAGAUCCCGAAGGUGUCGACGGAGUUCGCAUGACAUGGAACGUCUGGCCACGAAGCAAAGUCGAAGCCAGCAAGUGCGUCAUCCCUCUCGCCGCCACCAUCUCCGUGAUCCGCCCUCAUCCCGACAUUCCCCGCCUCCCUUACGCCCCUCUCCGAUGCAAAACCUGCACCUCCGCCCUCAACCCCUUCUCCCGUGUCGACUUCACCGCCAAGAUCUGGAUCUGCCCCUUCUGUUAUCAGCGCAACCAUUUCCCUCCUCAUUAUAACGCCAUCUCUGAAACCAAUCUCCCUGGGGAACUUUACCCUCAAUACACAACCGUCGAAUAUACAAUUCCGCAUGCCGAUCCUAAUCCUCCUCCUUCCCCUGUUUUUCUCUUCCUCCUUGAUACUUGUAUCAUUGAGGAAGAGAUCAAUUAUCUCAAAUCGGCUCUCGGUCGUGCGAUCGGGCUUUUGCCUGAUAAUGCUCUCGUCGGUUUUGUCUCCUUUGGGACUCAGGUUCAGGUUUAUGAAUUGGGAUUCUCUGAUAUGUCUAAGGUUUAUGUCUUUCGCGGUUCCAAAGAGAUUCCGAAAGAUCAGAUUUUGGAACAGCUUGGUCUUGCUUCUUCUGCUGCUUCUGGAAGGAGGCCGAUUAAGGGUGCUCCUUUCCCCAAUUCUGGUGUUUCACGGUUUUUGUUGCCUGCUUCUGAUUGUGAAUACACUCUCAAUGCGCUUUUAGAAGAAUUGCAGAGAGAUCAGUGGCCUGUUCCUCCUGGCAAACGUCCCGCUCGCUGCACCGGCGUUGCAUUGAGUGUUGCAUCUGGAUUGCUCAGUGCUUGUGUUCCUGGGACUGGAGCUAGAAUCAUAACUUUGGUUGGAGGACCAUGCACGGAAGGACCCGGCACGAUUGUAUCUAAAGAUUUAUCUGACCCAGUGCGUUCUCAUAAAGAUCUUGAUAAAGAUGCAGCGCCUUACUUUAAGAAAGCAGUCAAAUUUUAUGAUGGUCUUGCAAAACAGCUGGUUAGCCAAGGUCAUGUUUUAGAUGUCUUUGCAUCAGCACUUGAUCAGGUUGGAGUUGCAGAAAUGAAAGUUGCAGUUGAAAGAACUGGUGGCCUUGUUGUCCUGUCUGAAAGUUUUGGUCAUUCAGUCUUCAAGGACUCUUUUAAGCGUGUUUUUGAGGACGGGGAGCAAUCUCUUGGUCUUUGUUUCAAUGGAACUCUUGAGAUAAAUUGCUCAAAGGAAAUCAAAAUUCAGGGAAUCGUUGGACCAUGCACAUCGAUAGAGAAGAAAGGGCCUUCUGUUGCUGAUACUGUCAUAGGAGAGGGGAACACAACAAUAUGGAAGAUGUGUGGUCUUGACAAGAGUACAUGCUUGACUGUGUUGUUUGAUCUUUCAUCAAGUGAUCGUUCAAAUACUCCAGGUGCUGUCAACCCACAACUGUACCUGCAGUUCCUUACAAGUUACCAGGGGGCAGAUGGUCAAUUAGUGCUUCGUGUUACAACUGUAACUAGAAGAUGGGUAGAUAGUGCUGUUAGCUCUGAGGAAUUGGUCCAAGGAUUUGACCAGGAAACUGCUGCAGUGGUAAUGGCUAGAUAUGCUUCUCUGAAAAUGGAGACAGAGGAAACAUUUGAUGCCACCCGGUGGUUGGAUAGGUUCCUCAUUCGCCUCUGUUCUAAGUUUGGGGACUACCGCAAGGAUGAUCCAUCAUCUUUUACAUUAAAUCCAUCAUUUUCUCUUUUCCCCCAGUUUAUGUUCAAUCUGCGACGCUCACAGUUUGUACAGGUUUUUAACAACAGUCCAGAUGAGACUGCAUACUUCCGCAUGUUGUUAAACCGUGAAAAUAUUAGUAAUGCGGCUGUCAUGAUUCAGCCAUCUCUAAUAUCAUAUUCAUUUAAUUCACUGCCUGCACCAGCUCUGUUGGAUGUGGCUUCCAUUGCUGCAGACCGGAUUCUGUUGCUAGAUUCAUACUUUAGUGUGGUUAUUUUUCAUGGGAUGACAAUAGCUCAAUGGCGCAACUUGGGAUACCAGAACCAACCAGAACACCAGGCUUUUGCACAACUAUUACGAGCUCCACAAGAUGAUGCCCACGCAGUAAUUAGAGAUCGGUUCCCUGUUCCUAGAUUGGUAGUGUGUGAUCAACAUGGUUCCCAGGCUAGAUUUUUAUUGGCAAAGCUGAAUCCGUCAGCAACAUAUAAUAAUGCGCACGAGAUGGCUGCUGGUUCAGAUGUAAUCUUUACUGAUGAUGUCAGCCUUCAAGUUUUCUUUGAGCAUCUGCAAAGGCUGGCUGUCCAAUCUUGAGGGCAGGUAAUAGGAGAGACUAACAGUUUAUGGAUUCUAGACUUUGGUUUGGGUAAUUCACCAACGAUGUGUAUCAUGCAUUAUGCUGUUGCAUUCAGUUAUUUUUCCUUUCUUUCCUUUGUUCUUAUCAAAGAGAAGAUCAGAGCCUGCAUGAAUUGAAGAAAUAAGGGAAGUAAGACCUGAAACAUGAUUCUUUAUGGUUCUGGUCGAAUUUUGUUUUAUGGAGAAAAUAAAUGAUUCGAAAGUCAGUUGAGUUUGUGGAUUACGGAAAGAAAGGAUACGAAUUUAAAGUUAAGAGCUGCCUGAUUUGCGACAGCAGCAUGGCAAAUGAGGGAGAUAUUUUUGUUUCAUAUUUUUCCUAUUUGUUUUGGCCCAGAUAUUUAUUUUUUGGGUUCCUCAUUAGUGGUUUUACUUUUACAUGCUCCCUAGAUUUGCCAAGUCAUUUUGUCAUGUUGGAAUUUGAUAUCAGUUAUUCUCUCUUUACACUGUCUUGUACUAUAUUUUGUGAAGUAAGCAUACAGGACUCGUCAUCAUGGUGAAAUGAACACUGCUGUGUGGUCGUUGUUUUUGUUCUUUA